AAGCCCCGCCCUCUCGGCGGCGCUCCGCCCCCAGACUCGUGACUGGAGUUCUGCGGGGGCGGCGCAGGGUGCGCGCGCGUGCUAGCGUGCGAUAGGGAGCUGACCAGAGUGCUGGGAGCGCGGAUCCCGGGCCGGGAGCGGGAAAAGAGAAACGAGAGGGGCCAGAGGGCAAAAUGGACGCAAGACAGAGAACUCAAGAGAAAAAGAAAAAGAUUCAUUGGAAAGCAGGGAAAGAGGAGGUCUUUCUCUCGCGGAUUUGUUCACCAGACUUGGCUUUCUUGCACAUCCGUGUGGAGACCACCUUAGGAACAAACUGGAAAACCAGUUAAGAGCACUGCGAACCACAAAGCAAACAAAUGGACAAAGAAUUGGAGAAGAUGCAAAUGGGAAGAACGUCGCUUGGUGUUUCGCGUUACGUCUUGAGCAAUCUGCAAAUUCUUGUGGUGAACAAGAGUAACAGCUCUAAAGUGGUCAGGAAACCUGGACAUAACUUCUGAGCCAUAUUUUUGGAACCGUGCCUCUAUUGUCUGGGCCUGCGACUCUGACGUCUACUAAAUAUGAGGAAUUAUGAAGUGAUUGUUAAAUAUUUGAACAGCUAAGGGAAACCGGAAGUAAUGAGAAACAAAACACCCUACAGAUCUGAGUCACAGGAGAUCCACUGUGGCAGGCCCUGUCAACCUCAGCUCCAGCCAUUGUUUUAUGUGUAUAUAUGCCCAGAGAAGAAGCUGUCUGUCUGAAGGUCCCAACUGCCAGCCAUUUAAACUGGGAAGAACAGAAACACAGUUGGAGAACCUCACUCUUCCACUUAGCUCUGAUCAGAAAUUGUUUUUUGCCAGGACUGAGAGGCCACUAGAAUAUCUGUAUCUAAAUGAAACUAUUGUUUUUUGCUGGUUACUCUUUAGGUUUUAAUUUUCCACUGUUAUGUGGACGAUAUGUAAAGUUAAGAUGUAUGAUCGCGUUUUUGGGAGGAUGAGGCAUGGGAUUGUGAGUUUGAUAGCUGGAACUAGUUUACAUCUCGUUUGUUGAGACAUGGGUUCAAUCUGUAGCCUAGAUUGUCCUAGAACUUUCUGUGUAGUCCAGGCUGCUUUGAACUUAUGGAUAUCCUCUUACCUUAGCUUCUAGAAUGCUGAGAUCAUACAUGUGAGCCGUUAUGCUCUAUGUAUAUGUAUUUCUCAAUAGAUAUAUAUGUAUAAAUAUGUAUAUGCAUUUAUUUCUCAAUAGUAAUCAAAUAUAUUCUAUAUGUAAUCAUGAUGUACAUAACAUUUUAGAAAGCUAUAUCAAAAGAGGCAAGACCUAUCAUGUUAAAUAUUUUUUUAAAAGAUUUAUUCAUUUAUUAUAUAUAAGUACAUUGUUACUAUUUUCAGACACGCCAGAAGAGGGCAUCAUAUCUCAUUACAGAUGGUUGUGAGCCACCAUGUGGUUGCUGAGAUUUGAACUCAAGACCUCUGGAGUCAGCUCUCUUAACUGCUAAGCCAUCUCUCCAGCCCCAUGUUAAACAUUUUUAAAUAUACAAUUCAGUAUUAAAUGUAUUGAAUUAAAUUAAUUGUAUAUUGGUUCAACCAACUAGUCUUUAGAAGCUUUUCAUCUUGUGAAACUGAAACUCUACUAAUUGAAGAAGCAUUUCCCUUUUCCCUUUCCCCCAUAUCCUAGUAGACAUGGAGUUUUUGUCUUUAUGAAUUCCAUUAUUUUAGGAACGUCAUAUGAAAUCAUAAAGAGUUUUUCCUUUGGUGAAUGACAUAUUUUUUGUAUAAUACUCUCAAGAUUAAUCCAUGAUGGGUAAGAUCUCAUUGUGAGUAUCACAUUUGCUUGUUUAUUUGUCCAUCAGAAGGCAUCAGGUUGCUUUUAUCUUUUGAAAAGUGUGUGCAUGCCUAGAAAUGUGCACACGAAUUUAUAUCUUUGAGCACAUUAGAUUGCUGCCACCGCUGAGGGCUUGAGUUAGAUUCACUGGACUUACUUGUUGACUGGUGAGUACACUGUCCAAUCAGAGACUUGGUCUCAACAACAUAGAAGAGGAGGGCUGACACCUAAGAUUGUCUACUGACUUCCACCCCCACCACACACAGAGAUGAAAAAAAUUCAUCUAGAGGAAAAUAAGCACUUAUUCCUGUAAUUAUCUCCAGUAUCUGUGAAGACUUAUUUGUCCUGACUAUGAACACAAGCACUGCAACUGAAAAGUGUAUUUACAUGUUUUAAAUAUAACAUAUAUUACAUAUAAUGUGGCUACAUAUUAGCAGUAUGCUGAAAAUGAGGUAGGCAGUUCACAGUGGUUGUCAUUGUUGCUAUUAUUUCUGCUAAAUCUAAAGAAUGAUCAUUCUUUAGCCAUACCUGCCUUCUUAAGACCUCUGUUCCCCCAAAUCAUCAUUUUCAUAUACUUUUUGGGGGACUCUGAUUUUGGUGGUAUUUCCAAGUUUUCUUCAAUUAGGAUUGUUCUAUCCUCCGCCAACCUCAUAUGAGUGUUCUUUACUAGACAGCUGCAUGCUGUGGGAGAUGCCCAAACACUCAGAGAAUGGAAAGUGUACUUGCCAGGGAACAUGGUGGCAGAAGUGCCAACCGAACUCCCAAAGGUCUUUUGCCCAGAACUAGAAAAUAUAUUUAUUUACUGGCACAUCUCUGUAACUUUCAGCCAUAGUCCCUUUUGUCCUUAGAGACAGGUAUGAAGCAUGUUGGGGAACCCACGUGCUUUGCUGCUCACACCCCAUGAGAAUAGGGCAAUGGCACUGAGAGAUGCUAGCAUCCUAAUCAUGAACUUGUGACUGUUUCUCUGCAUGCUGCAAACAUGUUGCAGGGAAUCUUGUUUUAAGGUCCCGGAGUCCAGACCUUGAACUAUUUGGGUGUACUCAGUAUAACCACAAGGGUUCUUGCAAGUGAAGGACAGGGAGAGUUUGACAUGUGCCACUGGCUUUGCAGGUCAAAGCUCAGAGCCAAGAUCUGUAGGUGGCCUCUUGAAUGGAAUUGUCCCCGGUGUUGGGAACAAGCAAAAGAAAUUUAUUCUAAGUUCUACUAUUUUGUUUUCAGACUCCAUUUAAUCACAGGGAGAAAUUAAAUUCAAGGUCUUAGGCUCUAGGGGAGCUUCUCAAUAGUUGAACAACUUCUCUUGUAAGGGAAAAAGUAAUCUGAGUUCAGACAUCUCAAGGACAACUUCUCCAUCUUGCUAGCACAGUCAAACCAGUUCAUGUUCCCAGGCCCAGAGAACAACUCCUAUCCUGACGGAUGGAAAUUCCCUCGCUCAACCCUUUAUGUCAAAAUAUGAUUGGAAAAUGCUAUAACCCCCACCCCCUAGCUCUAUGGUUUUGUCCUGUAAAUAUGCUGUACAACGUCCCUUCAGGGUCAUAGUUCUUGAGUCUAUUCUUUAGCCCUGAUCAAUCAGUAGCGGCUUGAUUACAAUACAUUUCUGUCAUCUUCAUUGGCCUGGUAUUUUGAGUUAUGUUGGAUGCCUAUUGGAUUUACGUGGACCUACAACACCCAGAGUCCCUGAAUGAACAAAUCCCUGUUAUACCCUCGUUUUAACCCAGGCACCGCUGUGUGCACUUCUGACCUGUACAACAGAACUGUACAACAGCAAAGUGUGCUGUUUUGUGCUACUAAAUUCAAAGUGCCCACAGGAAUGACACAUUUCCUUAGUGACUUUAUCCUCUUCCUCUAGGUUUAUAUUUUCAAGCUCUUUCUUCCUUUUAUUUUAACCCUAAAUCAAUCCUCAUAGCUAAUUCACAUAAUUAGGAUAGCUCAUCAUAGAAGACUUCUGUUACUCUUGUCCUUCUUGUUACUCUAUCUUAUUUGGUCUUUUGUAAACUUUACAUUCAGUGCCCCACUGACGAGGCAUCAUGCAUUACAGACCUAUGGUGCUUCUGAGUAUCCCUCAAUGAGGUGCUGCCUUCCUGUAGCCAUCUAUCUGGUCAUCCUAUAAUAAAGAUUUACAUAAUAAAGAGGCUGUUGUGCCCAGCACUGAGGCAGGAUUAGGAAGAAGGGACACAGUGAAAUGUCUGUGCCUAUAUGUAGGUCACAGAUGUUUGAUUUGUGUACAUUUAUGUGUACUUCUACAUGUUCAUGUGCAAAUGCAGGUGUGGGUACAGAUUCAAAUGCACAUGUGUGCACAUGUGUGCAGAAGCCAGAGGUCAGUGUAGGGUGUCUUCCUCAAUUUGUCUCCAUAUUUUUUGAGACAGCCUCUUACUAAACCUAGAGCUUGGUGCUUCAGCUACACUGGCUGGCCAGAAAGUCCCAGGAAACCUGUUUCCAUCCUUCUAUGCUGUGAUUACAGGCUUGCACUGUCACUUUUUUUUUUUUUGGUACUAAGAAUCAAACUUGGGGCUUCAUACAAUGUGUGGGACACUUUACCAGCUGUGUCCCUAGCCCUGGAUAUUUGGUUUUAUGGCUAGAGAACAGUAAGCUCUUAUUUUUUUCUUCAUAUAAAUGUUUCACAGUUUAUUAUUUUAAGGAAAGAAUUGGAGCACAAGAGGCAUCUUUAAGUAGCAAAGGGAAGGAAAUGCACCCUGGUUCUAUCUUGCAUUCUGGUUUGCAUCCAGAUCUAGGCAAGAGUUAAAAGAGUAAUGCCAUAGAUAAGCACAGAUGAAAACCAGAACAGCCUAGUGCCUCUUUGCUUAGGAAAAAUACACUUCCUCUGUCCUCCCCAGCCCUGGCCCUGUCUGCCUUUGACGCAGAGAGCUAAGGGUCUAAAGGAAACCUGUUGGAGGUUCCAAUUAAGUCUUUGUGGACAUAGGGCGCGUGCGAUUGCAAACACACACACACACACACACACACACACACACACACACACACACACACACAGAUAACAGGCAGCAAUAAAUCCAUCAGCACAUCCACUUUCAGAGAACAGAGUCUCUGCUGUCUUGCCAACGGCUGCUCCUUCCUCUCUGAGUGCCUCACAUCAAGAUAAGCUAGAAGUGAGCUUCACUGGACCAGGCAGACUUCUUCUCCUAUAAAGGUGACAGAAGACCACAUUUGUCAAGGGGUCUUCCUAAGCCCUGGGAGGAGAAGCCCCCACCAUCUCACUCCCUACCCAGCCCAGCCUCCUGCAGCCCUUGCCAUGCUCCAGGUUGUUCUGGGUGCUCCUCAGCGGUUGCUGAAGGAAGGAAGGCAGUCCCGCAAGCUGGUGCUGGUGGUGGUGUUCGUGGCUCUGCUUCUGGACAACAUGCUGCUCACUGUGGUGGUGCCCAUUGUGCCCACCUUCCUGUACGCGACAGAGUUCAAAGACAGCAACUCUUCUCUGCAUAGGGGUCCUUCUGUAAGCUCCCAGCAAGCUCUCACCUCUCCUGCCUUCUCUACCAUAUUCUCCUUCUUUGACAACACCACCACAACUGUAGAAGAACAUGUACCCUUCCGUGUAACUUGGACAAAUGGCACCAUCCCUCCUCCAGUCACUGAAGCCACCUCAGUACCAAAAAACAACUGCUUGCAAGGGAUAGAGUUCUUAGAAGAAGAAAACGUUCGGAUUGGGAUUCUAUUUGCUUCAAAAGCUUUGAUGCAACUUCUGGUCAACCCAUUUGUAGGACCUCUUACUAACAGGAUUGGCUAUCACAUCCCCAUGUUUGUUGGCUUUAUGAUCAUGUUUCUCUCCACACUAAUGUUUGCUUUCUCUGGCACCUAUGCCCUGCUAUUUGUGGCCCGAACUCUCCAAGGCAUUGGAUCUUCGUUUUCAUCUGUUGCAGGACUUGGGAUGCUGGCCAGUGUCUAUACUGACAACUAUGAGAGAGGGAGAGCCAUGGGAAUUGCUUUGGGGGGCCUGGCUUUGGGACUUCUGGUGGGAGCACCUUUCGGAAGUGUGAUGUAUGAAUUUGUGGGCAAGUCCUCACCAUUCCUCAUCUUGGCCUUCUUGGCACUUCUGGAUGGAGCUCUCCAACUUUGCAUCCUGUGGCCUUCGAAAGUGUCUCCUGAGAGUGCCAUGGGGACUCCGCUUUUGACGCUUCUCAAAGACCCUUACAUCCUGGUAGCAGCAGGUUCCAUCUGCUUGGCCAACAUGGGUGUCGCCAUACUAGAGCCCACGCUGCCCAUCUGGAUGAUGCAGACCAUGUGCUCCCCCGAGUGGCAGCUAGGUCUGGCUUUCUUGCCUGCUAGUGUGGCCUACCUCAUUGGCACGAACCUCUUUGGUGUGUUGGCUAACAAGAUGGGUCGGUGGCUGUGCUCCCUUGUUGGGAUGGUGGCAGUAGGUAUCAGCUUGCUCUGUGUACCUCUGGCUCACAAUAUUUUUGGUCUUAUUGGCCCCAAUGCAGGCCUUGGCUUUGCCAUAGGAAUGGUGGAUUCCUCUCUGAUGCCCAUCAUGGGAUACCUGGUGGACUUACGCCACACCUCUGUGUAUGGGAGUGUCUAUGCCAUCGCCGAUGUGGCCUUUUGUGUGGGCUUUGCUAUUGGCCCAUCUACUGGGGGUGUUAUCGUACAGGUCAUUGGCUUUCCUUGGCUCAUGGUCAUCAUUGGUACCAUCAACAUCAUUUAUGCUCCUCUCUGCUGCUUCCUGCAGAACCCGCCAGCUAAGGAGGAGAAGCGUGCAAUUCUGAGCCAGGAAUGCCCCACAGAGACCCAGAUGUACACAGUCCAGAAGCCCACAAAGGAGUUUCCACUAGGAGAGAACAGCGAUGAUCCUAGCAGCGGGGAGUAACUGCGGAGGGCGAUAUCUGCGCCUCACAUCUACAGGGACCAGUCUACUACAGAUUCAAUAAUUUUCACUUUCCUCUCCUCCAGGCCACUGCCUUCCUCCCUUCUUAUUGAUACCUUUCCUUUACUCACCUGUAAGUGCAACCCACCACUCUCCCUCUGUGCUUUGACACCACCCAUGGCCCACUUUUUGUGGGAGGACAGUGCUAUUUCCUGCCAGGCCAAAGCGAAGCUGAUUAAAGCUGAGUUGUGACAAGUUCUGCAAGGGGUGACUCACUUCCUGCAGGCAGGACUGAACAAUGUGCCUGCGAAAUCAGGGGGACAAAUGACAAGCCUGCCUUUCUUCUCUGAUUGUUUUUUUUUUUUUGACAUAUUACCAAUAUGUCCUAAAAUUUGACUUGUGUCCUGUGAAAUGCUUUCCCCUUAUUUUUUCCAGUUUAGCUUCUAUACAUACGGGUUUUUGCUUAUUUUAUGUGCUAAAAUUGUUUACCUUCAUUAAGUGAGGCCUUCCUACUUUCUUCAUCGCCCAAUUGAGAGGAAAUAAACAACUUUCUUAGGCUUGA